AUGCCUCGGCAUACGCAUACGGUCAAAAGGGGGGAAAACCGAGCGGUAGCGGAAGAGGAAAUCACCGAGCUGGAGUUACAAAUGGUCACAUACGAAGAAAAAGCUCUCGAGAACAAUGAAUACACUGGCUUCAAAUUUCCACAGAUUCUGCAUUUUCCAGUACCUAACAAAGUCGUUGAGAUGGAGGCAAUAGACGAGAAUCCGUUUUCCUCGAAAAAAUCUGCCUUCUUUAUGAAACGUCGUAUCGGGAGGCCAGAACCGGAAGACGAAGAAGAAGAACGUCAAGAUGAGUCUAGUGACGAUUCGGAGUCUGGAACCGAAGAAGAGAAACGGGACCAGCAAGAUUGGCAUUUCUGGGAAUGCUUCUACUUCGCUUUUAGGCAGUUGCUUUUCUCACGAACUUGGAUUCUACUUCUUCAGUUUGCGGCAGCAAAUUAUUUCGGUGACCGACUGAGAACAGACGGAUUCAAUUUGGCUGACAGAAUUAUUGAGCCGGGCAAGUCCGUUCUUGGUGAUCUUGUCGUUCGUCGUGCGCUACUUGGUCUACGUCGCUGGGAUGCCCAACAGUUCCUUUUCGUUGCGGAUAACCACUACAUCUUUGAACAUUCUCUUGCGUUCUUUCCUGGUUAUCCAGAAGUAAUCAACAUUUUUCGCAUCGGAAUCCAUGAGUAUAUGAAGGGAUCUCUCGGUUGGUCAUUUCCGCCUUGGGUGAUCACUGGAAUCUUGUCAGUCGCGGUCAAUUUGUUCUUUUUCCACGCAGCUGGUUUGGCUUUGUUCAUGGCGGUUACUAUGAUGACCAGGAAUGUAAAACAAGCUCUUCUCGCGGUUUCCAUCUUCGCUUACAAUCCUGCUUCAAUCUUCUUCACGUCCGCAUAUUCUGAAUCCGUGGGUGUUGUAUAUUUCAAACCUUUGACAAUUCUGUUUCAGCUGUUCUUUGCUCUAACGAUUACUGGCUUCAACUUCAUGUUGUACGCGGUUCGCGCAACAUCAUACUCUCAACGUGUGAUCGGAACAUUGAGUGGAACAGUGAUCUUUGGGUUAUCAGCUGUCGUUCGUUCCAAUGGAUUACUCAAUGUUAUAUUCGUCGUUUGGUAUUGGGCGGCGAUUCUUCUGUGGGAGCCUGAAAAGCCUGUUCCUGACUGUCAUUUAAUGAUUGAGUCGCUGGCAGGAUCCAAAAAUGACCGCUACCGCCGUGAAGGACAAGCAAGACUUCGGGCAUUCGAGAGAAAACGAAAGCAAACACGGAAAGUGUUCAGAUGGACGGAUCCUAGAUUUUCUCGAUGUUCUCUCGUUUUCAUCACUCUUGUAUUCAUCGUUAUUGUUUCUAUUGCCUCCUUUGGUCCAUACGUUUUCAUGUCAAAUUCAGCGGCCGAGGAGUUUUGUGAAGCGACUCCACGUCAGAAAGAACUUGUUGCGACUGUUAAGAAACAGAUUCGUAUGUCUCCGAAAAUUAUCACGAUAGCGGAUGCUUGGGAAAAAGCGGCCUGGUGCAGAAAACCAAAGCUGUUCGGAAUUGUUCGACAAUACUACGGAGAAAUUCAAGCAAAGUAUUGGAAUGUCGGACUAUUUGGAUAUUGGAGAAUCAAAAAAAUUCCCUGCUUCUUGAUGAUGCUUCCUGCUGCAAUUCUCACAGUUCUAGCCAUCAUAUCGGCAUGGGUCCAUGUGUUCGAAACAAAACGAUGGAAUAACAUCUGGGUUCUACUAAUUCGUAGUGAUCAUUUGCUCCACCUCGCCCCGCAGGCUAUUAUCAUGUUAUGCACAGCGGUUUUCGUCAUCAACGCUGAAGUUUUCACUAGGCUGAUUUUCUCUUCCAGUCCUUUGCUCUACAUCUUCAUUGCACAAUAUAUUGACAAACUGACUCAAGGAAAUACUAUGGGUAACCGUCUCUGGCACUAUACUUCCUCUCCGGGCAUUCUUCCCUUCUUUGUAUUUCGACGAGUCUGGGAAGAAGGAUGGAAAGGGAAAGCUCUCUACAUCUACAUUCUCGGGUACUUCAUUUUCGGAACAAUGGCACAUGCCGCAUGGUUACCAUUCACCUAA